UCUCGCUUGGGGGUCUUUGUCCAAGAAAGGGGUAGUACAUUACUUGGUCCCCCACAGUAUCAUUUCACUCUCUACCAAGCAAUCAAGCAGGUGGUGUCAUCCAGUUCUCUUUCUCUUCUCUCUCUAACUCGGACAGGAAAACGAAAUUCAAUCAUCAUGUGUGACGAUGAUGUUGCCGCUCUUGUCGUCGACAACGGGUCCGGAAUGGUGAAGGCCGGAUUCGCGGGAGACGAUGCACCAAGGGCUGUCUUCCCAUCCAUCGUUGGCAGGCCCCGUCACCAGGGUGUCAUGGUUGGUAUGGGACAAAAGGACAGCUACGUUGGAGACGAAGCACAGAGCAAGAGAGGUAUCCUCACCCUGAAGUACCCUAUUGAGCACGGUAUCGUCACCAACUGGGACGAUAUGGAGAAGAUCUGGCAUCACACCUUCUACAACGAGCUCCGUGUUGCCCCAGAGGAGCACCCCGUCCUUCUGACAGAGGCCCCCCUCAACCCUAAGGCCAACAGGGAAAAGAUGACACAGAUCAUGUUUGAGACCUUCAACUCGCCCGCCAUGUACGUCGCCAUCCAGGCCGUGCUUUCCCUCUACGCCUCUGGUCGUACCACAGGUAUCGUUUUCGACUCUGGCGACGGUGUUUCACACACUGUACCUAUCUAUGAGGGUUACGCCCUCCCCCACGCCAUCAUCCGUCUGGACUUGGCUGGACGUGAUCUUACCGAUUACCUGAUGAAGAUCCUUACCGAGCGUGGCUACUCUUUCACCACCACUGCUGAGCGUGAAAUCGUCCGUGACAUAAAGGAGAAGCUCUGCUACGUAGCUCUCGACUUUGAGCAGGAGAUGGCAACUGCUGCCUCAUCCUCCUCCCUCGAGAAGAGCUACGAGCUUCCCGACGGACAGGUCAUCACCAUCGGCAACGAGCGAUUCCGCGCCUCAGAGACCCUCUUCCAGCCCUCUUUCAUUGGAAUGGAAUCUGCUGGAAUCCAUGAAACCACCUACAACAGCAUCAUGAAGUGCGAUGUUGACAUCCGUAAGGAUCUAUACGCCAACACCGUUCUCUCCGGAGGCUCCACCAUGUUCCCAGGAAUUGCUGACCGCAUGCAGAAAGAGAUCUCCGCCCUCGCCCCACCAACCAUGAAGAUCAAGAUCAUCGCUCCUCCAGAGAGGAAAUACUCUGUAUGGAUCGGAGGCUCCAUUCUUGCAUCUCUCUCCACCUUCCAACAGAUGUGGAUCAGCAAGCAGGAAUACGAUGAGUCUGGUCCAUCCAUCGUCCACAGGAAGUGCUUCUAAACAACCUUCCAACAUAUGUGGAUCAGCAAGCAGGAAUACGAUGAGUCCGGUCCAUCCAUCGUCCACAGGAAGUGCUUCUAAACAACUUGAUUUUCUUCUACUUCUAAUGAGCAACCUGAUUUGUUUUCUUCUGUUUUACUCCAUGUUGCCACCUCUUGAUAAACUUUGGUUACGGAUGGUAACAUGUUAUUAGAUAUUCACCUCUGUCUUUAUCAAAAAAGGUUUUACCUUUGUUCUAAAUGUACAAACGUUCAUUACAAAUAUAUAAGUAUAAAUUAUAUAUAUAUUAUAUUCAGAUUUAGAAGAACAAAAAUAAAACGCAUCUGUCACUCUGUUGAUUGGAGAAUGCAAUACAAACAA